UUCUUUUCUUUUGGAAUUUUGCAGGAGUAGAGGUUGAUUUGUGAUAUGAGAAGGACUACACGUUUGCUUUGGGGUUUAUGAGUGCUAAUUUAGGUAGAGAUUUUGAUGUUUAUGGGAGAAGAAGAUUGUGGACUUGUUUCUGCCAAAGGAAAAGCAAAAGCAAUCUAUACGAGGUUGUGGUGUGUUUGGAAGGAUAUAAUAUAGGUUCUGAUGGGUUUUGAGGGUUGGGUUUGUUGAAGCUUUGAAGAUAUAGUUUGGGAAGUAGUUUUCUGGGCUAAUGAGUCGAGAAUUAAAGAAAGUGAAGCAGGACAAGGGCUCUGAUGCUGCCGAGAAGGUGGUUGUCGCCGUUAAGGCGUCGAAGGAAAUUCCUCGGACAGCUUUGGUGUGGGCUUUGACUCAUGUUGUUCAACCUGGGGUUUGCAUCACAUUGCUUGUGGUGGUUCCUUCGCAAAGUGCCGGAGUAGAGGUUGAUUUGUGA